UCCCGCGGCGGGCGGGGCGGCACCGCCGCCUGCGCCCGCGGAGGAGCCACUGCAGCCGCGGGGCGGGCCAGCGCCGGGGGAGGCCCGCAGGAGGCGGGACAGCGCCGGGAUGCCUCAGCCCCCCUCAGCCCUAAGCCGAACAUCUCCUUGGAAUAUCUGAAGUCCAUAUGGCUAUGUAUGAUGAAGAUAUCUUGAAAAAUCCCUUUUAUUUGGCCAUUCAGAAACGACGUCCUGACCUAUGCAGCAAAGUUGCAGAACUCCAUGGUAUUGUGCUAGUUCCAUGCAAAGGAAGCCUUUCAAGCAACAGUCUUUCAACCUGCCAGUUUGAAUCUUAUGUUCUGAAGCCUCUGGAAGAAAAUUUUCAAACCUUAAAUGGAAAGGAGAUCUUCAUACAAGGAAACCUCAUCAUUCUAGGAGCUGGUUUUAAUUACACUCUCUCAGUACCUGUUCUCUUUGAGGAAACCUUUUACAAUGAAAAAGAAGAAAGCUUUAGUAUAUUGUGCAUAGCUCAUCCAUUGGAGAAAACAGAAAGCUCAAGUGAAUCUACAGCUUCAUCAAACUCCUAUUCUCUUAAAAACAUUGAAGAUGUUAGAGAGUUCUUGGGAAGGCACUGUGAGAGAUUUGAUAAAUACAUAGGAUCUUUCUAUAGAACAUUUAAAGAACACGAAAGGAAAAGCCUCCGUCACUACAUAGAUUCUGUCAAUGCACUUUAUACCAAAUGUCUGCAGCAUCUUUUGAGAGAUUCACACUUGAAGAUGCUUGCAAAGCAAGAAGAGCAGAUGAAUCUGAUCAAACAAGCAGUUGAAAUGUAUAUCCAUCAUGCUAUUUAUGACCUAAUCUUCAAAUAUGUGGGGACGAUUGAGGCGAGUGAGGAUGCUGAUUUUAAUAAAAUCACGAGGAGCCUUCAAGACCUGCAGCAAAAAGACAUUGGAGUGAAGCCUGAGUUCAGUUUUAAUAUACCACGUGCAAAGCGAGAGCUGGGUCAGUUGAACAAAUGCACUUCCCCUCAACAGAAGCUGCUUUGUCUGCGCAAAGUUGUACAAAUUAUCAUGCAGUCUCCAAGCCAAAGAGUUAACGUGGAAACCAUGUGUGCAGAUGAUCUUCUCUCUGUUUUGCUGUAUUUGCUUGUAAAAACAGAAAUCCCAAACUGGAUGGCCAACCUGAGUUACAUCAAGAACUUCAGGCUUUGCAGCUCAGUGAAGGAUGAGCUGGGGUACUGCCUGACCUCCAUCGAGGCGGCAAUAGAGUACAUCCGGCAGGGCAACCUCUCUGACAGAUCAACAGAAUCUGAGAGUCUGUGUGACAAGCUGCUCUUAAGACAAAGGAUGAACUUGUUGUCCCAGAUGUCUGCUGCACCAAUAGACUGCUUGUUUAAGCAUAUUGCUUCAGGUGAUCAGGAGGAAGUGGAGCGGCUGCUAAGUCAAGGUGACAGUGAUAAGGACACUGUGCAGAAAAUGUGUCACCCGCUGUGUUACUGUGACAAAUGCGAGAAGCUGGUUUCUGGGAAACUGAACGACCCUUCCAUUAUCACUCCCUUUUCCCGAGAUGACCGGGGAUAUACUCCACUUCAUAUAGCUGCUAUUUGUGGUCAAACGUCAUUAGUGGAUUUACUGGUAGCCAAAGGAGCCAUUGUCAAUGCCACAGAUUACCACGGUUCAACUCCCCUUCACCUCGCCUGUCAGAAGGGAUAUCAGAAUGUUACACUGCUCUUAUUGCACUACAAGGCAAGUACUGAUGUUCAGGACAAUAAUGGAAAUACUCCACUUCAUUUAGCCUGCACUUAUGGUCAUGAGGAUUGUGUCAAGGCUUUAGUGUACUAUGAUGUGCACUCCUGCAGGCUGGAUAUUGGCAAUGAGAAGGGAGACACUCCUCUGCACAUUGCUGCUCGCUGGGGCUAUCAGGGCAUCAUUGAAGUGCUCUUGCAAAAUGGGGCAAACCCAGAAAUUCAGAACCGCAUGAAAGAGACUUCUCUGCAGUGUGCAUUGAAUUCCAAGAUUUUGUCAUUGAUGGAAGUAAACUACCUAACAUUUGAAAGAGGACAGAGUGCUUCUGAGUCACCCCUUAGGUCUCCUCAGCACUCAACAGAAACUUUCAGCAGAGGAUCAUCUGUCUCAAGCCUGUCAUCAGCAUCAACUGAUCUAAGGCAAGAAGAAGCAAAAAACAGUUACAAAGAGGUGGAAAAACUCCUGAGAGCAGUUGCUGAUGGAGAUCUGGAAAUGCAUAGCUCCUGGAUUUGGUUGCACAUGAAUGCCCUGAGCCCUAAGACUUCACUGAAGGGCCUCUCUUUCAAAAAUGAGGCACUGCACAUUGAGGGAAAAAAGCUUUCCAAGAUCUGUUCCAACGGGCUGGGGGUGAAUGUUUCCAACCAGGAUGGUUUCACCCCGCUGCACAUGGCGGCUCUGCACGGGCACGGCGAGCUGGCAUCGCUGCUGCUGCGCCACGGCGCCAGCGCCAGCGCCAGGAACGCACAGCUGGCUGCUCCCCUGCACCUGGCCUGCCAGAGGGGACACUCCCAGGUGGUAAAGUGUCUGAUGGAUUACAAUGCUAAACAAAAUAAAAAAGAUAUAUAUGGAAAUACUCCCUUAAUUUAUGCAUGCUUGAAUGGUCACUAUGAGACUACUGCCCUGUUGCUGCAGCACGGGGCCUCGGUGAACCUCUCCAACGCCCAGGGCAGCACAGCCCUGCACGAGGCGGCGGCCGCCAGGAGCGAGGCGCUGGUGGCAUUGCUGCUGCAGCACGGCGCCCUGCGGCACCUGCGCAACCAGCGCGGCUGCAGCCCUGCCGACUGCGCCGAGCCCAAUUCAAACAUCAUGAAGUUGCUGGAAGCAGCACCAAGCUGUGUCCCCACAUCAGCAGAGGCAGAGAAGGAGAGUGAGGAGCACGUUACUGGCAAGAUAAGGAAAAAAGUGCAUCCUAAGCCCUGUGUGGAAGCAGAUGAUCCCAUAAGCAGACAACUUCAACUGGUCCAAUCAAUUAACAGAUUUAACAAAGAAAAACACUUACGGAGAACAAUAACAAGAGAUAAAAGCGUCCCUAAUUUUGACUAUCACUUACUGCACCAGAUGGCUAUUAAAAGCUUUGAUAAAAGCCAAUUAAAAUCUGUUGGAAUGCUGGAGCAGAGCACAGGCCAGGUGACUGACUCGGGGUGCAGUGGUGAGCUUGUGGAAGAUGAUGGCACGGCAGCUCCUGCCAGGAGUCGAUUACUGCAGCGCAGACACACGGUCAAUGUGGUCAGCGUGGCCCUGCCCGCAGAGGGCAGCGACAGCGGCUCCUGCAGCCCUGCAGACCCCGGGCAGCCACAGCCCCAGCACUGCCACGGCUCGGGCUCGGGUCACUGAAGGGAAGCACGGAUUUGCAGCCCGGAGCUGAGGAAGUUGGUGCUGUGAAUUUCAGUAGCCCUUCACUGUGCGUUACUGUCAGUGACAUUCACACACCCCAGCUCAGAGCAGGCACAGGCUCUGCAGCACAGCUGGAAUGUUCUGGCACCCUGGGGCCUGACUCCUCUGUUCAUGUUGGAGGUGACCACACAGCCAGAUCAUUACUGAUCUCACCAACAGGGAUGCAACGACAUGAAGACAGCAAAAUUACUUUCCUAUUCUAUUCAGCACUUACUAAAAAGUUCUAUGUAACAGUAAACCAAAUGAAACCCUGUAUUGUAUUUUUCAGCCACCCACUUUGUUUUAAAAGUCUUUGAAUAAUUUUUGCAUUUUCAGUUUUUAUCACUACAUUCAGAAUAUAUUUAUAUAUAUAAAAAGAUAUAUUGGAUAACAAGGUAUUUAUUGCCAGAGGUAAUUGAAAUGUCUCUAUUUUUAUUGUAAUGUUACCAUUAUAAUAUAUAUUUGUGUAUAUUUCAGUAGCUGGGCAAACAAUAAUCCAUAACAUCUCCUUUACUAAUGUGAAGGGAUGUAAUCCUUUCUAAUAUCUCAGCAAUGCUCCCCUGCACUGGAGCUGCCAGAUCAAGUUCUUACAGAGGAGCCAAGCUACUGGGAAAAAGUGGAGAGCCCCUGACAAACCUAAACUUUGGACUCAUUGUUCACAACCUAAUAAAGCAGAAGCAAGCACAGGCUGCUUGCUUGUGUUUUAUUGUAGCAUGCAUUUAAGUUGCUUUUCCCCUAUUCUAAAGGAAGUAAUGCAAAAAUGCACAAGUAUUCAUGAUUCUGGUCCUGGGCAACAUCCACAGACAAAACUGCUUCAGAGCCUGCUCUGGACUGCUGUUCAAAAGGUGAAAUUGCCAUUAUGAAAGGUACCUCUUACAUCAGUGAGCACGGGCUGGAAUAGGCCAAAUCCUGCCCUGUUCCCGGGGUGAUCCCUGAAGAAUUGAAAGCUGACAGGGAACUACCAAGUGGCUGCUUAGAUUUGAAGUUCAUUUUCUACUGUUCGGUUAAGGGAGGACAAGCUGUAAAUAGCACAAGCCAGGUUUUGCAGUGCAGUAUUUUUUUAUUCUUGGCUCAUCACAUCCAGCUUGCAUUUUAUUUCAUGAACUAUUUGUAUAGAUAAUUCUCUUUCUUUUAACUGUGGUAUUAGUAAACUGGCAAAAUACAAAGCUGGAAGAUAACUUUUUAAUCUAAGAGGUAAAAUGUCAAAUGAUAUUUGGAUUUGAGGGUAAUGUGUUUAUUUUUCUAAUAAUUUAUGAGUUCAUCUGAUUUUCUGAUGUGCCUUGGAUUUGUGCCAAAUGAUGGGAAGAAAAAAACUAGUAAAAGAACUCUUGAAAAAUGCUGGUUUCUUUGAGUGCUUUUGUGCAAGCAUUGAGUCUGUUACAGAUUUUCUUGCUUGGUUUUAUAGGCACUUGAAGAUUUUGCCUUGUGUCUACUCUUGGACUUUCCUUCCUCCUACAUUUAUAGAUAACUUUAUUAGGUUGUGUGGUUUUAGAUGUAGGCAGAGGUGUACGAAAUAGAACUGUUAGUGAAACUCAGCAUUUUCACAUAACCUCCUUUUCUAGCUCUACAUUCAAAUUAAAAAAAAAGAAUGUUCAGCUCUUACAAGUCAAAAGACAAAAGGAAAGAGGUAAAACAGGUUUUUCCUUCUUGUGACACUAUAAAGAUGACCCAGAGUAAGUCAUUGGUCCUGACCUGUAGCAAGAAUAAUCCAGAUAUUUAAGAUCUAGUAGACUGUUACAGAUCUGAUUUGCAAAUUACAAGUGAGAAUUUUGCCUGUGUUUUAUUGUAGCAUGCAUUUAACUAAAUUAUUUUUCAGAUUUUUCAACUAUAUAGGUAAGGAAAAUCAGUUCACCAAACUUUGGCUUCAGACUCAGUAAGGGUGGUAAGUCUGAAGAAAUUUGGCACACUCAGGGUAUCACUA